AUGAGUGCUGAAAUUGGAACGCAGAGGUGCAUCACUGUGUUAGGCCACGUCGAUCAUGGAAAAACCACUUUUGUUGACUCCCUCUUGGCUGCCAACAACAUCAUCUCAGCUCGCAUGGCUGGGAAGAUUCGAUAUAUGGACAGUAGGGAGGACGAACAGGAGCGAGGAAUUACUAUGGAGAGCAGCGCUGUGUCUUUAAGAUUCAAAAUGCUGAAGAGGACUGAAUCAGGGGAGGACGCCUCCGCCGAUUAUGUUAUUAAUUUGAUAGAUACUCCUGGUCAUGUUGACUUCUUAAGCGAAGUAUCGUCCGCGUCCCGAUUAUGUGACGGUGCAUUAGUUCUCGUGGAUGUAGUGGAGGGUGUGUGCACACAGACAAUUGCAGUUCUUAAACAAGCAUGGCAUGAACGGUUGCGUCCAAUUCUCGUCCUGAAUAAGCUCGACCGUUUAAUCACAGAGCUCAAACUAUCUCCUUCUGAGGCUUAUCAUCACCUCAUUCUUGUUAUCGAGAAUGUGAAUGCUGUCAUGGGAGACUUUUUCGCGGGAGAACGCAUGGAAGACGACUAUCGCUGGAGGCAAGAGCGUGAGCGGCGUCUUGCGCAGAGGAAGGAAAUGGAUGCCGCUAACAUGGAGGAACAUGCCGGCGAUGAUUCUGCUGAUGGAGGCGUUGCGUUCGAGGAGCGAGAUGACGAGGAUUUGUACUUCGCGCCCGAGCGAGGGAACGUCAUUUUUGCAUCAGCUAUAGACGGCUGGGCUUUCCGGGUUGGGAAAUUCGCUCAAUUAUACGCCAAAAAACUGGGUGUGAAUGAGAGGAAUUUGCGGAAAGCUUUGUGGGGCGAAUUCUACCUGGAUCCCAAGUUCAAACGUGUUGUCACUCACAGGCAGCUCAAGGGCCGCAAUCUGAAACCACUUUUUGUGCAGUUCGUCCUCGAGAACAUUUGGGCUGUCUAUGAGAAUGUGGUUCUGAAUCCAAACCCGGAUAAAGUGGCCAAGAUCGUGACAGCUCUCGAAAUCAAGAUACCUCCUCGUGAUCUUCGCUCCAAAGAUACUCGACACGUCGUGAACCUCAUCUUCUCUCAAUGGCUGUCCUUAUCAACAUGCACCUUCCAGACAGUCGUCGAAAUUUUGCCGUCUCCUUCUGCCGCUCAACGCGCACGUCUUCCCAAAAUGCUGUAUCCCGAUUUACAGGAAACGACCGCAGUUCCGAAAACAAAGCUAGAAGAGGAUCUCUGGGAGUGCCGGAAGGGAGACUCGUCCAAUGUUGUGGCAUACGUUAGCAAGAUGUUUGCUGUCCCCAAAGAUCGCCUCCCGAAAAAGGAGGGAGAUGAAGCCCCGCAACCUCUGAGAAAACAAACCGAUCCUAAGAUCGGGGGGCUGCCUUCUGUGGAAGGAAUCUCUCUCAACGAUUCCCACAUGAAGGUUCCCACGGGUCAGCACGAGAAGGAAAUUUUUCAGGAGGAUGGCAAUAAAGACGACGAUGUAUUGCUUGGCUUUGCUCGAUUAUACUCUGGUACUCUCAGAACUGGGAAACACGUUUAUUGUCUCCUUCCCAAGUUCUCCGCAGAUUCUGGAACCACACCUUCUCAUGCCCGAAAUGGGCCAUUCAUCGCAUGCGUGCGUGUGGAGGCCUUGUAUGAAAUGAUGGGAAGGGACUUGGUGAGAAUCAAUGAAGUGUCGGCUGGAAAUGUGUUUGCUAUCGAAGGCCUCGCUGGCGCUGUCUACCGAAAUGCCACUCUGUGUCGGCCUUCGUCGGUGUCUCUUGAAGGCGGAGAUAGCUUCGUAACACUAGAAAACAUUGACACCCUCAGGGACUGUCUUAUCAAUCUCGCAGGCGUUGGUGGACAAGUCGCCCCAAUCGUUCGGAUCGCCGUCGAGCCCGUCGAGCCAGCGCUUCUGCCUCGUUUGGUAAAAGGACUCAAGUUUCUAAGUCAGUCUGACUCUUGUGUGGAAACAUUCCAGCAGCAGACCGGAGAAUGGGUCAUUCUCGGCGCUGGGGAACUUCAUCUGGAGCGCUGCCUCAGAGAUCUCGAGGAACGGUUUGCGAAAGUGAAGAUUCAGGCAUCCAAGCCAAUCGUUCCAUUCCGCGAGACUAUCGUGAAAGCACCUGAUAUGCGUCCUACGAAAUCACCACUUGGGAUCCGUGGCACUUUUCCAGCAUCAAGUCAUAAAGUAGUCAAUUUCACUAUUCGUGCAGUGCCAAUGCCCGACUCCAUCACUCGAUUCCUCAAGACGAAUGUGUCUUUGUUGAAACGCAUACAACGCGACAUAGGCCGUUCGAACACUCGUCCCGAGAGUGCAGCGCAGUACUCUGGAGACACCCUCGACGCGGAACCCACCGAAGACAUCAGUGAAGGGGAACUUCACCAGAAGUCCUCGGUCAGGUAUGAAGAUUUCUGGGAAGAAUUGGAAAAAAUUAUGGAUGAGGCUGGACCUGAAUGGAAAGGCAUUGCACCCCUAAUAUGGGGAUUUGGACCGAACCGCAUUGGGCCAAAUAUGCUGGUUUGGAGAUGCAAGGUUGGGAGCAAAAUGCUACUGAAGGCUCGGUCUCGUCGUCGUGAAGGCCAGGAUAGCAUCAGCCAUCAGGAUGUUCUGGACACCAAUUUAAUACCUCCGGAGUUUGAGACUAGUCUAGAGACCGGUUUUCGGGUUGCCACCUUCCAAGGACCGAUGUGUGGAGAGCCCCUCGAAGGAGUGGCAUUCUUCCUAGAAUCUUUGGAAUACGAUGCCUCUCAAAUGGAAGGCGAAAACGUGAACGCCAAGAAGGCUCAAAUUAGUGGAUCGCUGGUCUCCCUGUCAAAAGAGACCUGUCGGACGGCUAUGUUAGAUUGGUCACCACGUCUCAUGCUAGCAAUCUAUUCCUGUGACAUCCAAGCAUCUAACGAUGUGCUUGGGAAGGUCUAUAGUGUAAUUGCCAGGAGGCGCGGGCGGAUUGUCUCAGAAGAAAUGAAAGAAGGGACUGCCUUCUUUUCUAUUAGUGCCACCAUUCCUGUGGUCGAGAGUUUCGGAUUUCCUGACGAACUUCGAAAGCGCAGCUCUGGAGCCGCAAGCCCGCAGCUCAUCUUCAGAGGAUACGAGAUCUUUGACCAGGAUCCAUUUUGGGUGCCAACGACCGAAGAAGAGCUGGAAGACCUGGGCGAGAAGGCUGAUCGUGAGAAUGUAGCGAGAGCGUAUAUGGAUACGGUUCGGAAGAGAAAGGGAUUAUUUGUGGAGCAAAAAGGGAUAGCGUCUGCCGAAAAGCAACGCACAUUGAAGCGUUAG